UAACGCACAGUGCAAACUGGUUGUGUCACAGUGGAUGGAAUUUGAGUACAAGACGAAUUCAAUCCCAGAAGUCUUCCUUUCAUUAGUAGUUUCUGUCAGUUGUUAUUUACAUAUGUAAGAUGUCCUCAAGCAGCGAAUUUUAAGUGACGAACUUUCACAACGCGGUGUUCAAAAGAGAUAACAAAUCUUUAAAAUUCCCUCAAUAAACUUGUUAGGCAAUGGAUACCAAUAUUUACAUCUUGAAUUGGUGCUCAAAGGCAGUAACAAAUGCAAGUUGUUCAGUACGUUUUUGCAGUUUGAGAAUUUAAAAGUGGAAAGGCUGUUACCGGAAAGUAUCGUCAUUUUUGUGCAUUUUAUGGACUUAUACGUCAACGUCAAAUCAUUACGGAAUAUUUUCUUUCCGAAGCUUUGACGACGUUCAUUUGAUAUUUAGAAACUCGUACAAUCUUAAUAAAUACAACGGUACCCAAACGACCACGAUUUGUGAACAUGCAUUAAAUAUUAAGAACAAAAAUCCAAAUUGGAAUUUCAACUAAAAUGUUGCAAGGCCUAUUAAUAUAAAAGUACAUCCCUGAACUCUUUUUGGUGUUCUAAAAUGGACAGGAAACGUCAUGCUUCGACUUUUGAAGCAUCGUGCUCUACUUUUAAGCGUUGUAGUUCAAAUCGUUGUACUUCGACCUUUUGAAAAGUCGUUUGCCUAUACUCCAACUAUCAAGAUGUAGUGGUUCAACUUUUCGAAAAUUAGACCUCAUCUUUCAAAGCGUGGUCUACGUUUUAACCACAGGAGAACAAAGGAAUGUCCACACUGUAUGCAAAUCAGGUAUGUGCGUGUACCUGCACGUGAGACACACGGCGAAACGUUUAAGUCUGGCUAUACACCAUGCAUUUUCAAAGGGGAAGCCAACAACACGUUUUGAGUGUGAACUUGCACCCUUUGAAAGAUACGCUACGACGCUACCGGAGUUGAACCAUGAAAAAUUAAUAUAAAUUAACAAAUCAUAAGAAAAUCAAGUGAGAGUAGGCCUACCAUACUGUAGUGUGACUGAUGUAUUCUCAAAUGUUUCUAAGCUUGCAAAAAGGAGCACACAACAAUAUGCUACGAAAACCGUACACAUAUGGAGAUUAGUUUAAUAACAAAGAAAGAAAAAUGCAAUAUUAAAAUUAAACUGAGGCCAAAAUGUAGGGGAUGGAACAGACGUCAUCUCCAAUUAAACAGAAAUACUUCUACUAAUUUUCCAAUAAACUUUGGACAAGAUUUGGUUUUACAGGUUUCGGCUGGAUUACACCAAAGUCGAUGGGAGGUCAGAUAUUCUGCGUGGUAUACGCCAUCCCCGGCAUAGCACUCAACGGCUAUAUGCUGUCUGUCAUUGGCAGCACCUGUCAAGUCUUGUGGAACAAGUGCCGCAGCGUCUUCGUCAAGGGCGUUGCCUCGAUCAAGUCUGGGCGGACCCGUAACAUCCUGGCGGUGCUGGCCACGGCCGCGGUGAUGUGGUUCUUUCUCAUUCUGGUGCCCGCGCUGAUCUUCGUGUGGACGGAGAACUGGAGCUUGCUUGAGGCACAGUACUUCAGCUUGGUCGCGCUCAGCACGAUCGGGUUUGGGGACAUAACACCGUCGCACGCCGCAUUGCCGCCGGAGUACCGCACCGUGUUGGGGGAGACCGCGUACCGGGUCGGGGUCAUGCUGUACUUCUUCGUCGGUAUGGCGUUGAUCUCCAUCGUCUUCACAGGGGUGUGGCGGUCCCAGAAGCGGAGGAUGCGGGAGACAAUGGACAGCACUCGACUGAUGAUGAUCAAGCAAAGACUGAUCAGGCGAAGUGGGCACACAAACCUGGGAGACGCUGCAGGAGACAUCACUCAAAGAAAUUCUUAACAUUCUGGAUGAAAUUCAUUUUA